AUGGGUUGUGGGAAUAGUAAGGUGCUGCCUGAGGCAUCCAAGAAGGGCUAUGUGAGUGUAGUGCAAUCGCUUGUGGCCUUUAGUAAAGCACAUCAUGAUGAUGAUGAGCCGAAGAAGAAGAAGUGUGCAGGGAAGCAAAGAGGUCUGUGGUUUUCCACCAACGUUAAGAAUCCUCCACCAGCAUCAAACAGCCAACAGCAGAUACUCAAAGAUGGACGACCUCGGGACAGAGUUGCAAAAUAUAAAGACAAGUUUGAUCCACGUGUGACUGCCAGAUACGACAUCAAGGCUCUGAUCGGUCGGGGGAGCUUCAGCCGCGUUGUGCGCGUGGAGCACAGGAUGACUCGGCAGCCUUUCGCCAUUAAAAUGAUGGAGGUAGAGGCCCCGGGGGGCCGUGAGGUGUGCGCCUCGGAGCUGGCGGUGCUGCAGAGGGUGAGCCACUCUAAUGUGAUUCAGCUGAUCGAGGUGUUUCAGUUCCCGCAGCGGGUUUACAUGGUGCUGGAGCUGGCAACAGGUGGCGAGCUGUUGGAUCGUGUCGUCAGCAGGGGCCACUUCACAGAGAGGGACGCCACCCAGGCCCUCAGGAUGGUUCUGGAGGGGGUGGGAUAUCUGCACAACCUGGGUAUCACCCACAGAGACCUGAAGCCUGAGAAUCUCCUCUACUACCACCCCGGGGCCGACUCCAGGCUGCUCGUGACAGACUUUGGGCUGGCCACUUUUGGCAGCGCAGGGUGUGACAUUUCAAGGGGAGAUCAUAGGACUUGGUCCCUCAGAACCACCUGUGGGACCCCUGAGUAUAUGGCCCCUGAGGUGUUGCUGCGGAAACCCUACUCCUGUGCAGUGGACAUGUGGGCCCUGGGAGUGAUCACAUAUAUAGUGCUGAGUGGAUCCAUGCCGUUUGAGGACGACAGUCGGACGCGGCUCUACAGAUCCAUUGUGAGAGGAAAGUACAGCUUCCAUGGAGAUCCUUGGCCCUCGGUGUCCAACCUGGCUAAGGACUUCAUUCAGCGCCUGCUGCCCUUGGACCCGGACACCCGCCUGACUGCAGAACAAGCCAUCCGUCACCCCUGGGUGGCCUCCAUGGCUGCCAGCUCCUCCAUGAGGAACCUCCAUCGAUCUAUUUCCCAGAACCUCAGGCAGCGGACGUCGCGCAGCUCCUCCCGUUGCCCGAGCAGCAGCACCGCCAGCAACGUUUACUCAUCUAAAAGCACCAGAAAAAAAGUCUGA